AUGUAUUCAGCAGGAGAUAAUGAGGAGUUGAAAUGUUUCCGUCGCGAAUGGAUGCAAGAACUCAGCAAAACAAAACAAGAUAUACAAGUUCACAAGGGGAAUCUGGAAAAAUGUCAAAAUUUCAAACAAGGCGACAUUGAGAGAGCGUUUGUUGAUUUCAAAGAGGAAGUACGUCAUUUUCAUCCUGUAGGAUGCUCCACGGAUAAAUCGUGCUCUGUAAAAUUUCCUAAGACGACAGAAGAAAAAUCAUCUGUCAAUGUAAAUGAUGAUAUUGUUCUUUUGAAUUUACCGCAACCUCAAACUGGAGAGGUUAACAAUGACACACCGAGUGACUCAAAAGUACAACAAAAAUUGUUCUCUGAAAAACUUGAUAAAAGAAAGAAGAGUCUUCUAGAUCAACUGAUAGAAGACAUUGAUGAAAUUACAAGUAUUCCUUUCUUUGAUUUGAGCUUACCCAAAGAAGUGGGAUUACAGAUUUUCACUGACUUGGGAAUCAAAGACCUUUGUGCUUGCGCUCAGGUUAGCAAGGCCUGGAAAAUUCUGGCAGAGGAUGAACUGAUAUGGUACCAUGUAGGUUGUAAACUAGGUUAUGUUCAAAAGAGACACUCUUCCACUAUAGACAGAGAAAACUGGAAAAGUUUUGUACGAGAUAGCAUUUUAGAGGAAAGAGAAUUGAGAAGGAACUGGAAGGAAAGAAUAUGCAGAUUGUCCAGUUUGGAAUUUGAGAGAGGUUUGCUGAUGAAUAGCUUUCUUUCUUGGAAAGAGUAAAACUCUUUUUCUUGUCUCCCAUCUUUUAGGGAGAGUUAGUUAGUGCUAGGAUUCAAUGUUUGAUUUGGGUGGGAUCAAAGUGGAUGGAGAGGGGAGGGGAGGGGAGGGGUGGGACAGGGAUAGAUGAAAAUGUUUUUCCUCUUCAUUCCCCCUCCCCCUUAUUCCUUUUGUCCAAAUUUGAACAAGACAAGAAGGAUGAGAAAAGAACAAAUUGUUUUAUUUUCCCUUCUCUUCUCCCUUUUUCCUCUUCAUUGCAGUGGACAGAGUGAAGGAAUCAUCUUUCUUGUCCCCCUUCCUCAUCAACAUUUCUCUCUUGCCAGGAAUGUGUGGAUAGGAGAUGGGGUAGGUAAAGAGGAAUAAAAUAUUUCAGCUUGUACCUACCCCCUCUCUCUCCCCCCCCCCCCACUUUUCUCUGGCCCACUAUCCCACCCCCCUUAUUAGAUAUUUUUUCCCUCCUUAAACUUCCUCAUCUUAAAAAAACCAAGAUGGUGGCCAAACUUUUUAUGAAGAAAUGAAUGCAAAAAUAUCCAAUCAGCCACAAAACUGUUGACACAUUGAUCUUUUCAACCCCCUUUUACUUCAGUCUUUCUCUUUUGCCCUUGAUAAGUUAUCCCUUUGGCCUCCUUUGACACAAAACAAUGUCCUAUCAUAAUUCCAUGAACUUUUAGCCAACAUUUAAUGGGGAAGGGGGUCUUGUUAAUGAUUUUGAGUGUGGUAGAAACAGGUGUGUUAUUCCACCUAUAAAUAAAACUCUUCAAACACAACAUGUCAACUAAUUUUGAUGCUGAUUGUAGCUCCAUUCUUUAGUUAUGCAAUAUUGUCAACAUAAAUCAAGAGAAUUGGCUGUGCACUCUGGAAUUGUCCUAUAACUAAAAUCUAUUCCAUUUAGCAAGAAAAUUAACCAUCUGUUUUUGGUUUUGGUCAUUCUACAAACCCUAUCUCUAUUAUUAGACUAGCAGUGCACAACAAUCACAUGUAUAUUAACAGAUGAUAUUACCAGGACUCAAAAUUAUAAUUACACAACAAAACUUCCACAAGUGGACAUGUCAUACAUGCAGGCAGUUCUUUCUGGUGGACAUCAUAUUUCAGCCUCAUUCACUCAAGAUCCUGGCAUCUUUAUAGUUUCAUAAGUAGACACUUAUCAUAAGCAAGCAUUUUCUUAGUCCACCAGAAAACUGCUUACCAGAUAUUAUGCUGUAAUUCAGAAUCAUUUCUAACCAACCAAUCCUCAUCCUUGAUGGUUUUUAUCCCCACAGGUGGAGGUCUCUGUGCUGUUUCUGUCCAUGGAAAUUUCAUUUGUUCAGGAUACUCAAGUGGUGCAGUCGUUGUAUGGGAAGGAGAUGCUGAAAAUGUGUCAAGUUACAGAGAACUGAUCUCAUCCGAUUCAGUGAAUUCACAAAGACAGAGAGUGCAUGUCACAUCAACUACCAUCAACCAGAAGUUGUGUGUAGCUGGGUUUUACAAUGGUAUCACAUCUUAAGAGAAUUUUGUGUUGUAUUGAGUCAGUAUCUUUGAGUUACAUGUACUAAUUUUUUCAGUUCUCAUUCAUUACCAUUCAUUCAUUCAUUCAUUCAUUGCCAUUAUCGCUCAUUCAUUACUUGUAAUUAGGUUGAAUGAAGGACAGCUCUUCCUCCCUUAGCAAAUUUGUUCAUCUGUUUCUGUAUUACCUUUGAUGUCACCCAAAAGGACUUGUACUCAAAGCGAAUGUGUCCAUCAAUUUGAAGCCAAAGCAAAUUCUUUACCUUUAAUCACCUCUAUAGUAAAAGAUAAAAUGUGUGUUAUGCUGGAAAGAUUUGUCAUUUCAGGUUCAAAUUCCCUACCCCACAUAGGCAAAGUUCAAAUUCUCCAUCCCUGGGUGUGGAUCACAGCCAAAUGCCUCUGGGUUGCCCAGGUUGGGGGGAGAGGGGGGCCCCCUUGGAAUUUAUGAGUACAUAAUAUUUCAUGACAAGGAAAGAUUUGCAACUAUACAACACUCAGCUAAUUUCUAUCAAACAACUGAAUUAAAUACUGGUACUGUUUCCCACAGUACUAAAUUACUGACACUUUGAACUCGUAGGUGAUGUUUGUGUAUGGUCCCAUAACUUGAGUUCCUCACCGCUGUACCAUUUUCACUGUCACGAAUCUGUUAAGGGUGUUUCAUUGGCCACAAGUGGUCCACUAGCAUUUGUAGCCCUGUCAGAUCAUGUACUCAAGGUACAUACCAGUGAUGUCAAUGGACAGUGGUCAUGUGUAGAAUCAAGGAAUUAUGAGGACAAGGUAAAACAACCUCAAAACUAUUAAAACUUUCCCCAGUACUGAAAGUAUCUUGUAUGGAGAGAUACUCAACUCAGAUGACUUUUAUAAUUUCUUACACAGAUUGGCAACGCCAUGUUUAUCCCAAACUCUGCUUCACACUCAUUACCUGAACAUGUUGCCAUAGCAACUCAAGAUACUGUGUCAAUCCUGGCACCUGGCAAAGGUCUUCUAUCAACAAUGGAUCAUGUGAUUGGUGGAAAGUUAACUUGCAUGGACUGUACUCCAGAUCAGCUUGCAAUUGGUGUGGGUUCAUAUGGAUAUGGAACCCUCGGAAACAAAGUAAUUUUGUUGGUUUAUCUAGAUCACAAUGUAGCUUACUUGUAAGCAAAUGGGCAAAGCCUACCAAAGUGGUUCAUGGAUAGUAAUUACUAAGGCAAAACCAAAUCAAAGAGUUGUUUAUUACAAGCACAAAAAGGAGAAAAAGAGCUAAAAAAACUAACAAUAAGUUGAAAUCCUUCAAAAUGUUCAAAACCUUGGACAACAACACAAUUAGCUUGGGUAUAAAAUUGUUAACAAUUCCCAUUUUAAGAUAGCAAUUGUUUGCGGCUACAGUUUUAUGAAUUUGUAAGUUUGGCAUACACCUUUGGUGAUGGUCUACCUCAUGAACAGAGAGUGCAGCCUUUUGAAUUAUCAAAUUUCCCUCCUAGUGACUGUGAAAUUUGUGAAAGAAAAAAAUUGUUUUUAUUUCUUAUUGUGUACCUCAAGUUUAGUAACAGUGUCACCUGAAACUCAGAAUAAGUUAGUUAGUUAGUUAUACCCUCAGCUCUUCCAGGAGCAUAGACCAUCAAAGCUUUUCCUUCUCUGUUUUGUCCAGUUCUUAACUAGCUUUUUUUUGCCUGGUCCAGUUGUGGCCCAUCUCAGCCUGAACAUCUGACCGCCAGACUUUCACAAUCAAUAAGAAUUUUGUGUUGAAAAAAACAAAAGAAGGUUCUGUGCGUGUGUAUUUUGUCACGAUGUUGUCAGCAAACCGACUUUAAUUUAUUUUUCUGUAAUUUUUAGGUGCGCCUUUAUAGUCUGGAAACCUCGAAAAUGAUUUCCAUAUUGGGAUCUCACUAUCGCGAGAUCACUUGUCUUGAUCUAGCCAAUUGCCCUCCACAUCGUCUCGUGACAGGCAGCUACGAUUGCAGGGUACGCGUGUUUGACCUGCGCAGUGAAAAGAUGGCGCUUUCAUUUCACUUGGGACACAAAAGAGCUGUAACUGCGGUGCAAAUGGACGAUUGGAAAGUGGUCAGCGGUGCAGAGGAUGGAACGUUGGUGGUCUGGGACCAGCGGAUGACGUCAACUUUAUGGACGACUCAUGCGCGUCACCCUGUGAGACUCUGUAAAUUUCAAGGUCCCCGGAUGAUCACGGCGAACAUUCCAUUGGAUAGAACACCACGUGAUAAUCUUUGGUAUGCAGAUGAUUUGAUUCUUCAUCGACGUCAUCGAGGAGUCAUUCGCACGUUUGACUUCUCGGCGAGCAAUGCCACAGAGGGAAUCCCGGAGAUUUGCUCUUCAAAUUAUGACGACACCAGUGGGUACAACUACAAUAUUAAACUGAGCGUGCCAUACGACAGUAUAGAGAUGUAGGGCUUCUGACAGAACUUGCAUUUUCUUCUUUGGACACUGUCCCGUAGUUAAAGUUGCAAAACUAAGAACAUUUUAUCUCAGAGAGAUUUAACUGCUGACGAUUUGCAGCCCCCUUUUGGUAGCGAUUACAUAACUCUUGCAAAGCAAUUCUUAAAAAACUCCUCUUUGAGUCAGUACGAAUCAGUGAAGAGUCAAUGUGUUAAAGACUACAUACAAAGUAUCGUUCUCCUCAGUGCAAGAGUGUUUCUUUGACUUCAAUUUGCUCAGGUCCGGUUGAAUGACGGCGAAAAAUUUUCCUUUUGAACCAUCUGAGUUACCGAAGCUACCUUUAUUCCAAAUUGUGUCAUAAGUCCAACAUGAAUCUACUUUGCUGAUGGAGACAUUCUAAAGAUUGUUUACACCUGUGGAUGUUUUAGUCCGGGAGCGAGCACGAGAAAAAAAAACAGAGGGGAAUAAGGAGAGGGAUUUACUAAGAAAGAGGACCCUUGUAAGGAGGUUACACUCGCCUCCUUGCCCCUCUCGUCACUCCUUCCUAGACCUCCUCCAAAUACCAAGAGUUUGGCACAGACUUUGACUGUCUCUACAAAAGGCUCCGUCCUUAAGAAUUGUACUAUAAUGCUGAUUCAGAGCGUGAUGUUUCGCUACCAGAGGCUUAUUCCUACCAUCUUCCCACAGUCAACCUGAAAAACCUAUCUUCUACCUCACUAUAGGCGUGGUGAUUUCCAAUUGGAGAACCAGUCACAGUUCAGUGUCCUUGUGGAAACACCGACGAAUUUCUGUCAUCUGAACAUGUGGCACGAUACAUCUUUACUGCAAUGCACCUUUUCUUUUGUUUGCAGGUAGCUCCGAAAACCGAGACUUUCUUACAUAAACGGAGUUUUGAUUUUGCAAGAAUUCUUUGAUGAAGUAAAUGCUUCUUUUUGAUGUGUUGUAGACUUAAAACAUUCUUGGACAGUGCUCAGUCAGCUUGACUGUUGUCCUGAAAGGGAUCAGGAUCAAAACUAGUUUCCAAUGCGUCUCUUCUUUCCAGGAAGAGCUCAGAAAGAAUGAGUGUCUUGACUCUCAUUCACAACUGACCAGACUGAUAUAGGAACCACGGGCUCAAAUUUAUAAGGAAAUGACCAGUAAAGGGUAAAUGGCAGAAUGGGCCACCUUGGCCAAAAAAUAUUUUAUUUUACGUUAACCUCUAGCCGUUUAAAACCGCUGGCAGGUAUGGGACUAUGGACGACGACUCCCCGUACAAAGCUUUACAGAAUGAUCCCUCCCUUCCACCCGAACUUAACGCGUGACUCAGCUUUAAGUCGCGCGCCAGUAAUCUUGUAUCCGUAGAUGGUUGAGAAACAUUUAAUAUUUUCAAGAGCAUCUUAUAAAACUGAUCUUAAGUGCAUUUUAACAUCGCAUUCCUUCUAAUCAUGUCAAGUGUUAUUACUCCAAGUUCAAAGCAAAGCUUUAUCUCGUCAAUCAUCGCCGUCUAAUGGAAUGUCUGCCGACUGGAUCUUUAUCGCCCCCAGACUAAUGAAUUCCGGAACCGCCAUAUUUUAUCGCAAUCAAAAAACGAUUGUAAUAAAAUCUCAGGUUGAAGCUCUUGAUAAGGUGGUUAUGGGUUCAGAUAAUCUUGAAUGUCAGCGCCAUCGUGGCUUGCUCCUUUGUCAUCGAGCGUGCACAAGGUCACCUUCAACGCAAACUCGUUUUAAAUGAUGCUCGAAAUCGACGUGGGUUGAAAUGAUUUCAAGACCAAAAGUGUUUGAGCAGUAACUGACCUGCACAAAAUUAACGUGAAUCCAAUCGAAAACGACUCGAUAAAACCUCGCCCUGAUAGUGAACCCAUUGCUUAGUUGUAGAGAGGAAAGCAUGAAAAUCUGGAUCUAUGUUAGUAUCUGAC